AUGGCUGAAGCAAAAAGCCUUGAGAGACUUAAAGCAAUGAGAAGUUUAUUAAAGAGUGAGAUGGAGAAAUCAGAAACAUUCUCAUUGGUUCUUGAAAAGACAGGAUCUAAGCUUGAAGAUCUCAACACCAAGUUGUUGUCAUUAGAAGCUGAUGUUAAGGUAGAGAGAUGGAGAUCUUCUCCUUUCUCUGAUCAUAUCCGUUACACCAUUGCUCCUAUAUCCGCUGCUCUGAGAGUCUAUGCUUCCGUUCAAGAACUCGAGAGAUCUCUCGUGUCCUGUAAUGAAGUUCUUGGUUAUGUUUCGGAUGUUAAACGUCUUGGAGAAGCGUUGAAGCUUCUCUCGAGCAGCUGUGUUCUCGCUCUUAACUGGCUUGAAGAAACAACCAAGUUCCUGUCCGAAAACGGAAUGCCUGAAGAUCAUCCUUGCAGUUUACGGUUCAAAACAUCUAUAAAGCUUCUGCAAGAACUGAAAAUGACUGAGGCUAGUGCUUAUCUCAGAGGAGGGAGUCUUCACACAGCGUUGGAGAAUCUUGAAACAGAACUAGAGAUGAUUCUUGAAGAGGAGGAGGCUUUGUCUGAAUCCAACUUGAGAGACUUGAAAGCAAUCAUCAAGAGAUUAGAUGCUCACACGCGGUUAACAAACUGUGUGCAUGCUUACAUCAAGAACCGCACAAGAGUCAUUCAGAAACGGUUUGAGAUUGAUUAUUACCAAAGAAAAAUCACAGAAGCUGAUAAUGUGCAUGACGUUGAAGGCUAUAUAGAUCAAUGGAGAUUUGAUAUGGAGAUAGCUGUGAAAGAGAUCUAUGACUUGGAGAGUAACCUCUGCUAUGAAGUGUUUGAAGAUGUUGGAGAAGAAGAACAUGUUCCAUUGCAUUGCUUUGGAGCAAUAGCUUCAAACUCAGGAAUCCUCCAGCUUCUCAGAUUUGGAUCAAGAAUCAGCAAAUGCAAGAAAAGUCCACCAAAGCUACUAAAACUCUUGGAAUGUUUCUCUACAAUGGAAAACGUUAGAACCGAGUUCAACAGGCUGUUUAGAGGAGAGGAGUGUUCAGAGAUACGUAGAGAAACAAGGGAGCUUAUUCGCAAUCUUGUUAAAGGUGUCUGUGACAUCUUUUGGGAGUUACCUUGUCAGGUAGAGCUUCAAAGACCAAACUGUCCUCUUCUUGAUGGUGGUGUCCCCAAGCUUGUGAGUGUUGUGACUGAGUACUGCAACAAGCUGCUUGGAGAGAAGAACAAGCCUGUCUUGUCCAAGAUUCUUGAGAUAUAUUUGGGGUGGAAGAAUGAAAAGUAUCAAGAAGAGAUACUCACAGGUCACAUGUACAACAUACUGAGAGAGAUUGCUUUGAACUUGGAUGCAUGGUCUAGUUCCAAAAAAGAAACAGCUCUUUCUUACAUCUUUAUGAUGAACAACCACUCCCACUUCUGCGGCCUGAGAGAGACUAAUCUCGGGUUAAUGAUGGGAGAGUCUUGGUUAAACGCACAUGAGCAGUACAGAGACUACUAUGCAGCAUUGUAUGUUAAAGAUAGCUGGGGAAAGCUCUUGUCUCUACUCCACAACAAAUCUCAAGCCCUCUCAUCAACGUCUCCUGUGAAAAGAAAGUCCAUUAAGAGAACAUUACAAGCCUUUGCUAAAGGGUUUGAUGAGAUGUACAGAAAGCAAUCAAAUUGGGUUGUUGAGGAUGAGAAGGUGAGAUGGAAGAUAUGUGAAGCUAUGGUAAGAACGGUUGUGCCUAGGUACAAGAGUUUUUUACAAAGUUAUAUAAUGCUUCUUGUGGAAGAAGAUGAUCAUGAGAGUCAUGGUAAGGACUUGAACUAUACUCCAAAGGGUUUAGAGAUGAAGCUGAAGACAAUGUUUAAGAGCAAUGAAGAGACAGAGUAUUCUGACUUCGAUGGAUAUAGGGAUUAGUCAGAAUCAUCACUUGACAUUAGAAGAAGCUGUAUGAUACUUAGACACAGAAACUAGACUCGUUCUUGGUGAAAACAGAUUAGCUUUAGCCUUUCCUUGAAGAAGCAUGUAGUGUAUUUGUAUAUGUGAAAUACAAAAGGUGUACACUUGGUUCUUUGUACUUUGUUGAUG